UUCUCGCUCGGGGAACAGCUCCGAAUCGGUUACGUCGCGGCGUUUCUCCUCGCCAUUUCUCCCCUUCCUCCCGGUGUUCCCGGUGUCCCCGGUGUUCCCGGUGUUUCUACCGUUCUUCUCUCGCAACUUGUUUUGCUCAGCGAGCACUCUGCGCGUAGAACGAGCAAGAUAUACGCAAAAGUGAACAUCGACGCCGUUGAAGCUAAUCGUCGAGGAGAGCCAACGACAAUCCGACUAAAUGAAACUUUUCCACGGUUAGAGCGAAAACACCGUGUCUUCCCUUUUUUCCCACCUUCCUUCUCCUUCUUCCCCAUUUUCCUUCCCCCCUUUGACCCCUUCGCCGCUCCUUUUGCCGAUUCACCGCUUCGAGUAUCUCCGCGUACGUCGUUCGGGCGAGUAAGUGGUCAUGGAGGCUGGAUCCCGGAGACUGCUCCUGUGCUGGAUAUGUAUUCUUGGUGUGGCGGGAGCGAACGUCCAAAGCAAAGUGAGAUGCUCCGAGCAGUGGAUGGAGGUUGACAUCGCAAGGAGCAGUCCGCAGGCGAGGAUAUAUCUACAACAGAUGAAGGACUUUCCAGACGAAGCUUGCAAACCUCGGCUUAGCAACGGCGUCGCCACGUUCCGAUUACCGCUCUUGGAACAGGACAUGUUGCGAUGUGGUAUCACAAGAGUCGUUAACAAAGUUACGGGUCAGAAGGUGUACUUUCAUCGGAUAAUAGUGGAGGAGCCCGCGGAUUCCAGCAAGCACACGUUCACUGUAAAGUGUGUUAUCACCGAAGUCGUUGUGAAACCUGGAAUCUCGAUCGCAGCCAAUCACACCGCGGUUCGACGGAGCGUUCUUCCAGCAGGUUUCCAGGAACCCGAUGUGAUCGACAUCAGGGGAGAGAUUUCCGAGUCGGCACCGGUACCGAUAUUGGGAGUCGGCGUAAGGCAAGGUGGUAAUCUCGUUACUGGAGAACUGAACGUUAGCCCAGGUACACCUUUGCAGAUGGAGAUCUUCCUGGACAAUGGUUCCGCGCCCGUUUAUGGACUGUUGGUUACCUAUAUGUUAGUCACAGACACCAAAUCACAGGAAGAAACUAUUAUUAUUAAUGGCUGCUCCGUGGAUCCAUAUCUGUUCGAGAAUUUCAACACGGUGGACGGCGACUUUCUGACGGCAAAAUUCCGAGCAUUCAAAUUCCCAGAAAGUACAUACGUUCAAUUUCGCGGUACCGUAAAUGUUUGCUUGGAUAAGUGCCAAGGGAUCGAGUGCAGUAACGGCCAAAUUGGAUUCGGCAGGAAAAGGAGAGCAAUCGAUGUCUCGAAUACCGAUAAGAAUAAAAUCUUCGAAGUUACUAUGUCUGCUCUGAUUAAAGUCGAUUUUGAGGAAGACGCAGUGGUGGACAAAGCUUUAUCCGAAUUGUACAUCAGAAGAGGAAAAAACAGGACAAAAGCUAGGGCGGUGAUAGCCGAAGAAGUGAGAGAGCAACCUGCUCCGACAACGAUCAGGACAGAAGAGAGAGCUUUCAUAGCACAAGAAGUUAAAGAACAGUUCAAGUAUAAGGUUACCGAAACGGAGAUAAACGGCUCAUCGUGUAGAACAGCAGUCUUACCCUUUAUCCUCGUUCUCCUUUGUUUCUGCAAAUUUUUGUAAGAUUUAAAGGGAACGAUCUUGCAAACCGAUGGACGACAAUCGCUGACUGUAAAUAGAAAGCAGCUCGAGAAAACCGGCACAGGAUUCGAGUACGCUGCGAGAAGAAUGGAUCGAAUUUCUAGCCGGAUAUUAGUAUAAUUCUUUUCCUUCCUACGUAGGAAAAAGAUUGAUCGUGCAUCUACUUUGUGUGAUAUCGAAUCAAAUUAACAAUCGAAUGUCAUUUUCGGUCAACAUUCUCCGAGACUCCUAGCAUUUCGGACGAUGUUCCGUACAGUGUUAAUAGAAGGAUUGCGGUCGUCUUUAGUCUUAGAAAUAUAAUCGACCGUUCGAAAGAUACAGGGGGGGUUACUGUAUAGGAAGAUUAACUGCAAAGCUUCGAUUCUGGGUUAAAUAGCAUCUGCUCAAGAAAUUUCUCCGCUCUGCGACCGCCAAAUUUUCACACUUGUCUCUUCUGUUUUCGUAAUCCGCAUUACUUAAUACGUUAAUACGUUUCCCAGCUGUACCCUCGCGAAUAACCGCAUAAUAAUACAGCCGCUAUACUGCCAGAAGAAAAUUGGCCUUUGCGAGCGGAGAAUACCGAAGAGACCUAGUCGCGCGACGAGGUGUAACAACGUGAUGUGACUUAAGCAACUUAGACAAUUAUGAGGUAAUUAAUUGCUGCUAUAAUCUCAAUACAAUUAUAACGGAACGCGCAAGUGUAAAAUAACUCUUAAUAAAGCGAGAGGAAACACGCGUAUACGCGUGCUCGUUAUUUCGCAUCCGUGAAGAAGCGUCCCUAUUUUAUAGUCGCGUAAAGAAGGACGAGA